GGGAACCCAUUUUCCAGGCCCAAGCAAAACCCUAUGAACUAUACAGUGCAACUAAAGUUGACACUUUAGGAGAUGGUCAUCAAAUCGAACGGCUGAGAUCGCCCAAGAUAUGAGCAGCAACACCCCAAACGGUACUCGCUUGAGAGCUUUGAGGAACUGGACUACGCCUCUGUGAAGAGCCAAAAGUAAGCGUCGACAUCUCUCACUGGAAACCUAGAAGAAAAUGAUGCAGAGAGUGAAAGUUUUAUUAAGAGCAAGACAUUCAUUUGCUAGGAAAUUUGGGUUUUUGAGGGGCUUUUCUGCUCUACCAGACUAUGUCCCACAUGAUUAUCUUCAAGAACCGGUUUUAGUUGAAGGAAGAGCUAAAUCAAGAGCGGCCAUUCUCAACAGACCCUCUGCUCUCAAUGCUCUUGAUACUUCUGCGGUGGCUCGGCUGAAUAGAUUGUAUGAAUCAUGGGAAGAGAACCCAGAUAUCGGAUUUGUAUUAAUGAAGGGUAGUGGCAGGGCGUUCUGCUCUGGUGCUGAUGUUGUUUCACUUUAUCGGUUGCUUAAUGAAGGGAAAGUUGAAGACUUCAAAAGCUUUUUUGAGACGUUAUAUAAAUUUGUUUACCUUCAAGGAACAUAUUUGAAGCCACAUGUGGCUAUAUUGGAUGGUAUCACAAUGGGAUGUGGAGCUGGAAUUUCACUCCAAGGGAUGUUUUGUGUGGUAACUGAUAAAACUGUUUUAUCUCAUCCAGAAACUCAAUUGGGGUUCCAUCCUGAUGCAGGGGCUUCAUUUUAUCUGUCUCGGCUACCUGGUUAUUUAGGGGAAUAUUUAGCACUAACCGGAGAAAAGCUCAAUGGUGUUGAAAUGAUUGCUUCUGGUCUUGCAACCCACUAUACAUUAAAUGCUAGACUUGCUUUGGUUGAGGAGCGCCUUGGUAAAUUGAUUACAGACGUUCCUUCUGUCAUAGAGAAUUCUCUUGCUCAAUAUGGUGACCUCGUCUAUCCAGAUAGAGAGAGUGUUCUUCACAAGAUGGAAACAAUUGAUAAAUGUUUCAGCCAUGACACAGUUGAGGAAAUUUUUUAUGCUCUGAAACAUGAGGCAGCCUCCUCGUAUGAUGAAUGGUGUACAAGAGCCCUCAACAAAAUGAAAGAAGCAUCCCCAUUGAGCUUGAAAGUUACUUUACAAUCUAUACGAGAAGGUAGAUUCCAAUCUCUUGAUCAGUGCCUGGCACGUGAAUAUCGGAUUACCGUCAAUAGCAUCUCCAAAAAGAUCUCUAAUGACUUCUGUGAGGGUCUGCGCGCUAGAUUAGUGGAUAGAGAUUUUGCUCCAAAGUGGGAUCCUCCUAGUUUAGAAGAUGUAAGUAAAGAUAUGGUUGACUGUCAUUUCUUGCCGUUGAAUGAAUUGGAGCCAGAACUGGAGCUUCCAACCGCAACGCGAGAACCUUAUGUCUGAGAUAGAUUAAUACUUUCUGAAGAGGGAACGCCAAAAUUUUGUUGUACUUUUCUGCAGUGAUUACACAAGGAUUGAACUGAUUCUACCAUUUUACAGUCUAUGAUCUUCCAUAUUUGAUUUUUUAAAAAUAUAAAUCUGCUGUAAUUGCUUAGCAGCUAAAUGUGUCUAGAAUAGGCUUGUGAUGCUGAAUAAGAUUAGCACUGGAUAAUUUAUAUCACAACUUCAACCAACUAUUCAAAUUUAUACUACUUGUGACAGUCUGAUUUAUGGA